AUGCAAUCAAAAUCAAAAAGAUUAUCUAUUCAUAAAGAUCGUAUUCGUCGUCAAAAUGAUGAAUCAAUGUCAAAUGUUGAUACAGCUGGAACAGUUCUUUCAAUUCUUCCAUUAGAUCGUAUAGGUACUAUUGUUGGUCAAAUAAUGUCAACUGGUCUUAAAGAAAUGUUUAAUCCAAAUGUUGGAACAAAAAUUGUUAAUGUUUUAGAAAAUCAAGCACCAUUAUUAUUAACAUCACUUUUUACUAAUCUUUAUACUACUCUAAGUAUUCCUGGAAAAGUACCACCAAAAACAAAUUCAUCAAUAUCAUCAAUAUCAAUGAAUAAUAAUACUGUUAAACAAUUAAGUAAUAGUUCAACAUCAGAAAUAAUGAAUGCUAUUCGACGUCCAGCAGCAAAAUAA